AUGCCUGAUAUUGAGAUGCCAGACCCCGAGGAGCUCGGUGGUCUUGUCACUAAGCCUUUCAAGUUUGUUACAGGCUACGACGCCCGCUUCCCCAACCAGAACCAGACGAAGCACUGCUGGCAAAACUACGUUGACUACCACAAAUGCAUUAUUGCCAAGGGAGAAGAAUUUCGACCAUGCCGCCAGUUUUAUCUAGCCUACCGGUCGCUCUGCCCUAGCGCUUGGAUUGCACGUUGGGAUGAUCAGAGAGAGGCCGGAAACUUUCCAGUGGACCUCGAGCAUUGA